AUGGCGCUGAAAAAGAAGGGUGUCAAACGCGUUAAAAACACCAAAAUAAAAAAAAAAGAAGCCAAUGAGUUCGUGGAACCGGAAAAGGCGCACAUAAGGAGCACUUAUGGACGCAAACUUAACGCAGCAUUAAUGCGAGGUCUAGAUGAGGUCAUGAAGGAGGAUCCGGAAUUCGGUAUGACCGAGGAAGAUGUACAGGAUCUAACCAACAAGAUAUGUGACGUAUGCCAUGACUACUAUGGAUAUGAUAGGAGGGAGUUCAAGCAAAGGAUUUUUGACAUAUACAUCAACAUUAAGCGGGACAAUAACUAUGACCUCAGGAGGAAAAUAAUCACAAAGGCGAUGACGGUACACGAUCUUGUACACGCCGAUACAUUACAACUCGCGCCGGAUCACCUGCAGCAGAAACGACAGAUUGAAGUAGAAAAACACUACUUACGUAACGUGAUACUACCGGCAGACAGCGGCGAUGGCACUACAAGCCCAGCAACAGACUCGCGGCAAACACCAAAAACGGAUGAUAACGAAGCAGACUGGGGAUCAGAUGCAUCUACGCACAAAUAUGCUACAGAUUUGGAUAGUUCGUUCGGUGCUGAAACUCAGGACGUAAACUCGCUAUUCGGGAACGAAAGCUCAAGUGACUCGCAGUCCGAGAGUGAUAGCGACGAUGAGCCACAGGAUCAACAUGAUACAAACCACGUAAUGGGUGCUCUAGGCGAUAGUGGGGACAAGGGGGAACAGUCUACCGCUGACUCCAAUGGCCCAAGGGAAACUAAAAGGGCGUGCAUCUCGCCUGCCGCAAGAACAGGUGAGGUAACGGAUACGGAGACAAAAGAAUGGAGUAAAGAAGUUAACAUGAACAUUUGGGGCGAGGACAGUGAUGAAAAAACACUUUUUAAACAACAAAAAAUCGAAUCGGAAAACGAAGGGUCGCCACACCUUCAACCACCCCCAGACGGAUCACAAUUCACACUUGAACGAGUUAUGGAAAGAAUAGAAACACGUCUUGGGACGCUUCCGGCUUACGUUGCGAAACCGUUCAAGGUGCCGCUGAAAUGUGGACACAAACGAGUUACGCUGCUCAUGGCCAGGUCGCACAUUUUACAGAAUAAGCAACAAGACGAGAAGGAAACAUGA